AUGUCCAACGCGACCCUCUCCCACGCCCAAUACGGCAAGGACAAUGUCCGCCUCUACAAAGUCCAACGACACCCGGACAAGACCCAAUCCGUCACCGAGAUGACCGUCUGCUCCUUGCUCGAAGGCGACAUUGCCGCUUCGUGGACGAAGGCCGACAACGCCAGCAUCGUCGCUACGGAUACGCAGAAGCAGACCGCGUAUGUGAUGGCGAAGCAACAUCCUGUCAACCCUCCCGAGCUCUUCGCUGCGAUCCUGGCUCAACAUUACAUCGAUACCUACGAGUGGAUGACGAAGGCACAUGUGUGGGUGACAGUACAUCGAUGGACGAGGAUGGAGGUGGACGGGAAGCCGCAUCCCCAUAGCUUCUUGAGGGAUGGGGAGGACAAGAGGGUGGUGGAGUGUACCGCUGAGCGAGGGAAGGGCAUCAGCAUUCGGAGUGGAAUCACAGGGCUGUUGGUGCUUAAGAGUACGGGAUCACAGUUCUGGGGCUACCACAAGGACGAGUACACUCGAUUGCCUGAGACCCGAGACCGGAUACUGAGCACCGAAGUCGAAGCCGGCUGGAAUUGGCGGAUCUUCAAGACAUUAGCGGAUGUGGAAAAGGAGCAAGGUGUAUUUGACCAGGCGUGGACCGAUGCCAGGACAAUCACGCUGGAGACCUUCGCGAAGGAGGACAGUCCGAGCGUGCAGAAUACGAUGUAUCUGAUGUCUGAGCAGAUACUGGCGAAGGUGCCGAUGGUGGAUUCCGUGGAGUACAAAUUGCCGAACAAGCAUUACUUUGAGAUUGACCUCAGCUGGUUCAAGGGCCUGAAGAACACAGGCGAGGACGCGGAGGUGUAUGCACCGCAAAGCGAUCCCAACGGUCUGAUUCAGUGUACCGUCACGAGACAGGGCAGCUCGUCGAAGCUUUAA